CGGACGUCUGAGGGGGGUAGGACAUCCCUGACCGACCUGCACCGACUCCGCACCGCUCAGCGGCAGUAAUGCAGCGUUUCCUUCCCCAGCCGCGGCGAAACACGGAGCAGAAGAAGGAGGCCGACGGCAGGCUGUGAACACUGCGGUACAUGCGACCGUACAGCCGCUCUCUUCAGCCUGUGCUCGUUUUUCUUCCACAGCGGCGACGACACGGAGGAAGACGAGGCAUCUGCGUUUGGGGUUUGAAGUGGCGGACGAGAUAUAAACGUAUCCUGAAUUCACGGCUUCCCGUUGAGGCCAUCAGUUCGGCGUGUGGUAAAUAGCUGUUGUCCCUCAGAGUUCUCUGCAGAACGAUUUUACCGGUCACAGACUGCACGGCAGCCACAGGUGCAGCGGGUGCGAGGCUGCUCUCGGGUCAGAGCAAACCCGUGGCCAUGGAUGUGGAUGAGGAAGAGAAUAUGAGUUCAAGCAGCACCGACGUAAAGGAAAACCGAAACCUGGACAACGUGUCCUGCAAAGACGGGGUGGGAGUGGCUGAACAGCUCCCCAAUGGCAGUGGCCUGGGCAGUCGAAAGCGACCGCUAGAAGAGGGAAACAAUGGCCACACGCAUUCCAAGUUCCGGGCUAAGAAGCGCAAGAAAACACCGGGCCCGGUCCUGCCCAAGAACGCUCUGAUGCAGCUGAAUGAAAUCAAACCAGGUCUACAGUACAAACUGCUGUCUCAGACAGGCCCGGUGCAUGCGCCAGUGUUUGUCAUGACCGUGGAGGUCAAUGGACAGAUGUUUGAAGGCAUGGGCCCAACAAAGAAAAAGGCUAAGCUAAACGCAGCUGAGAAAGCGCUGCGUUCCUUCGUCCAGUUCCCCAACGCUUCAGAGGCGCAUCUGGCCAUGGGCCGAACACUGACAGUGAACACAGACUUUACAUCGGAUCAAGCUGACUUCCCCGACAUGCUCUUCAACGGCUUUGAGACGCCAGCCGCGCCGGAAGAAUCCUUCUAUCUGGGCUCCAACGGUAGCAGCUCCCUAAAUUCACUAGGGGAGUAUCCACUGCCCACACCACCUGGCAGUGUCCUUGUCCAGCCCCCACUGCCCCCUCCAUCUGCAUUCAGCUCGCCCUCCAGUGGCAAAAACCCAGUAAUGAUCCUCAAUGAGCUUAGGCCGGGUCUCAAAUAUGACUUUGUCUCAGAGAGCGGUGAGAGUCACGCCAAGAAUUUUGUGAUGUCAGUAACAGUGGAUUCACAGACAUUUGAAGGAUCAGGGCGCAACAAGAAGCUGGCUAAAGCCCGGGCAGCGCAAGCCGCCCUGUCUGCACUGUUCAACAUGCAGCUAGACCAGACACCAUCUCGGCAACCCAUACCAAGAGAGGGAUUGCAGCUUCACCUACCCCAGGUUCUGGCUGAUGCGGUCUCUCGCCUGGUUGUGGAUAAGUUCAGUGAGCUGACAGACAACUUUACGUCCCCGCACGCACGGCGAAAAGUGCUGGCAGGCGUCGUCAUGACAACAGGCACAGAUGUGAAGGAAGCACAGGUCAUUUGUGUCUCCACGGGAACCAAAUGCAUCAACGGCGAGUACAUGAGUGACCGCGGCCUGGCACUCAAUGACUGCCACGCUGAGAUAAUUGCCCGACGCUCGCUCAUCAGGUACCUCUACACUCAGCUGGAGUUCUUCCUCAGCAACAACAAGGAGGACUACCACAAAUCAAUAUUUGUGCUGUGUGACAAGGGAGGCUACAGGUUAAAGGAUAACGUUCAGUUCCACCUCUACAUCAGCACCUCUCCCUGUGGAGAUGCCAGGAUUUUCUCUCCACACGAGGCCGGAGUGGAAGACCAAGGAGACAGACAUCCUAACCGGAAAGCGCGGGGUCAGCUGAGGACCAAAAUCGAGUCCGGGGAGGGCACCAUCCCUGUAAGGUCCAGCAACACCAUCCAGACCUGGGACGGUGUUCUUCAAGGGGAGCGAUUACUCACCAUGUCCUGCAGUGACAAGAUUGCGAGGUGGAACGUGGUGGGCAUCCAGGGCUCCUUGAUGAGCUACUUCACAGAGCCAAUCUACUUCUCCAGCAUAAUCCUGGGCAGCCUUUACCAUGCUGACCACCUCUCCAGGGCCAUGUACCAGCGCAUCGCAGAUAUCGAAGACCUGCCCCAGCAGUUCACCCUCAACAGGCCUCUUCUCAGCGGUAUAAGUAAUGCUGAAGCCAGGCAGCCAGGCAAGGCUCCAAACUUCAGUGUGAACUGGACGGUGGGUGACCAGGCCCUGGAGGUGAUCAACGCAACCACGGGCAAGGACGACAUGGGCCGCGCCUCACGGCUCUGCAAACACGCACUCUACAGCCGCUGGGUGCGCCUUCACUCCAAGCUGUCGUCCAUCUUGCGGAUCAAGGUGUCGAAGCCGAGCUCCUACCACGAAGCAAAGCAGGCGGCCACAGAGUACCACUCUGCCAAGCAGGCGCUCAUCAAGGCCUUCCACAAGGCCGGCUUGGGGGCUUGGGUCAAAAAGCCCAUCGAGCAAGACCAGUUCACCCUCAGCUCCUGAGGGAGUCGAGGGAUUCCUUAACCACCCCCUCCUCUUUCCCUGACCCAGGCCUGAGAGAGCCCCCGUAUUAACAAGCAGACACUUACUUCCGUCCCAUGUGUCAGCACGCACGUGCACUUUGUAUUUGUGGAAAUGAACGUGCGCCGUUUCACAAACCAUCCGUAACUCAUCAUUCUCAUUCCUCAGAGGACAUCAGCCUCGUGUCUUUGAUUUAACUUUUUACUUUGAUUUUACUGUGUAAAACUGGAAUCCAUGUUUUGUUUUUUCGUUUAACACGCACCCAUUUGUUUCCCAGAGAAAUCUUGUUCUUAUGGCGUAGAUGUGGAAGCUGAAAUUAUACCGUUCUGUCUUGUUGAUCAAUGAGUAGCUAAUUUAGGUCGGAAUGUAGCCUAGAAACGGGAUCUUUGUUGACUAAAACCAAUGUAUAUGGACCUAAAACAAUAUAUAUCUUUGCUAAAAUUAAUGACACUGACAAAUUUUAAUUUAAUUAUGCAUAAAUCUUCAAGAUGUAAAUCUAGUGCUGAGAAAAACAUAAGCGUUGUAACGUUUAAUGUGUGUUAUUUGGUCCGUUCCUUAGCUGAGACUACGUGUUCUUAUCCUCUGGAUUAAAGAUACAAAUGUUACAAAA